AUGGAUGUCGAAUUCGACUUUCUCGUCGAGGAGAAAACCCCCAUCGUCGAUGCCAACGUCCUAUCACCCGCAGCGGCACUCGCGUACUUCGACGAGGCAUGGUAUCUGAAGGCCAGUCGUCGUGCGAGGCGUAUGGACCUCAUCGGAGACUACGCUGGUAAUGAGCUGUUUAUCAUCGAUGGCGAUUCCUUGCUCGAACUCGCACUUGAUGACCCACUCCUUGCCCUUGGCCGCCAAAACGAAAUCAGCUUUCAGAUACUACAUGCCAUACACAAUCUUGAGAAGCUGCUCAACAACUUCCUCAGACGAGGAGCGGUUUUCGAGAUCAUCUUCUGGGAUGAGGCUCGGCACUUGACUCUGCACUGCGGCUCGGAUGACUUUAUUUUCUCAUCUCGGUGUCUUGCUCGUAUGAUGCUCAUCGAGCACUCUAAGCGCCUCAAUAUCCCAGUUCAUACGUUCGCGAGCAUCGACGAUAAAGCGUGGCUGAAGCACCAGUCAGUUAUAAAGCCGAUGUACAUCAUGAUCAAUGACGGCGGCGCCAUCGACCUUGAGCACGAGGUCAAUCUUACUCCAGCAGUCGACGUUAAGCUUAUCCAACGUACAAGGAUCUUUUACUUCAUUUCCCGAGGCCUGACCUGUUCGCUGUUACGCGGAGCGACCUUCCGCGAUAGCAAGAUAAUCUCCUUCAUCUACGAGCAAAGACUAGAUCCGCAUGCGCGACAGCGAUUGUCUCCGAAAUUCUGGGCAGCGGUCGGUGUCGCACGCCAGAAGCUGGAUCAGGUAAACACGAGGCGACGAGAAUCUUUGUUGCCGACUUCGUCGCUACCGUCGGCUGCGAACGACUUUCAGAGAUUCGAUCACUUCCUGGAUCUCGCCAAGCUCAAGCUGGAUCUUCAGGACUCGCUUACCAUUUUUGCCCUGUAUGCGUUCACUGCCCAUCUCAUACUACUACCCCUGCUGUCCCUUGAACAACGAGGCCGACCGUACAAGGAUGACCAUCAAGGGCUGGACAACUUCCUGCGAAAAGACUUCCUGCCGACCGUUUUCCUAGCGUACGAGGCAAGUUAUGGACAGUCGACCAAUGCGGACGUCGACACUCGCGUUUUCAGGGAUCUGAUUCACUUCUUGCUCGCGCGUCCUACAUCUAGCCCCAUCGACAUUCUUGGUGGCAGCUUCAUAACUGAGUUGCAGGCGCUCUGGGCGAAGCAUAAGCUACCGAACGUCGAUUUUGCUUCAGUGGCCGCACAAUAUCCAGUAGUUGUCUUGAACGAGGAUGCCAGUGCAAGCGCAGUCGCCGAUCCUCAGCCUCUCCAACUCCUGCCCUUCUACAACGAAGUCUUCAAUGAGUCGUUGGCGGAGGCCCACAUCGAGGUACCCGAGAUCGAGGAGGACGUGGGCGAUUCCGAAAUGGACUUCAACACUGUCUUCCAGGACGCACAGCACUGGCAUAACCACCGUCGGGCUAUCCUCCCGAAGCACCUUGGCGGCGAAGACAAGCUACCGGUGCUGAACGAAUGGCAGCGCAAGAAGCAGCUGCGCAGCGAACAGCGGUUCACGGCGAAGCUGCAGUGGCAGGCAGAGAGCCUGACAGGCACGUUUGGGAAGUCACUGCAAAGAGUUACGAUUAUCCCUGGUGUAAAGCCUGCGACUCCGCUAUCGUCGACGAGGGCGAUGACUCCGGCCUCGACAAGACCUAGUACGCCACUUUCCCCUACGAUCAGCGAGACGGGUUCGGAGAAGCCCAGGAAAGGCGGGAAGGAGAAGAAGGUUCAUAUCUCGAAAGCGGAGCAGAUUCGCCAACAGAACAUGGCGCGCAAGAUGAGCACGCAGGACCAGUCGAAUGAGACGUGGUGGAAGGAUCAGCUGGAGAAGAUGGACGAACUAUCCACGGACGAGAAGGUCUCACUUAUAGAGCGAUUGCUCGGGAACGCGAUGCGCGCCGAAUCUGGUUGGCUUGCUGUCGAAAUGCGGCUUUUCCGCAUCCACCUUGAGUUGCAACGGUGGUUAGAAGAUGCCGACGCGGAUUCAGGCGACGAGACCAAACAGGCGCGCGUGCGCGACAAGCGUUCUGUCGCAGUCAUGCGCAUGGUGAAGGACCUCGCAGAGCGCGGUAGACUUUUCCCUACCGCGCGAGCCGCACUCGAGAACGUGCUGCAGUGUCUAGGCUUCGCGGACUACGUCCCAGCAUUGCUCGAUACGUCACCAAGUCCGCCCGCGGAAGAUCGGAAGCUAUCGUUCAAGUUCAAGAAGCUCUUGCACUCGAAGAACAAGGCGGCGAUGUACGAGUUUAUGGAAAUCACAGAGGACCCUGUCGUCUGGCAGCUGCGUUUGUUUGGCGAGUAUAUGGACCGCUCGAUGGAUAGUCAGCCGGAUCCGCGGGUUUCGUUCAAUCCCGAUGCGUGGCAGAGACGUGUCUUGGACUGCCUCGACGAUGUUGACGAAGAUCAGAAUCUCAACCACUCGGUUCUUGUUGUCGCUCCCACUAGUGCUGGUAAGACCUUCGUGUCGUACUAUGCCAUGGAACAAGUCCUGCGACGAUCGGACGGCGAGCUCUUAGUGUACGUUGCACCGACGAAAGCAUUGGUCAGUCAAAUUGCCGCUGAGGUGUACGCGCGGUUCAACAAGUCGUACAAGGCCGUUGGCAGGAGCUUGUGGGCGAUUCAUACUCGUGACUACCGCAUUCACAACCCGCAAAACUGUCAGAUUCUGGUGACCGUACCCGAGAUGCUAGCCAUCAUGCUGCUAUCUCCGCAAUUGGCGCGCGUAUGGACGCCGAGGAUUAAACGCAUCAUCCUUGAUGAAAUCCAUUCCAUCGGUCAACAGGAAGGUGGUGCGGUGUGGGAGCAGAUCAUCUUGCUCGCCCCUUGUCCAAUUGUCGGCUUAUCUGCCACAAUCGGCGAUGCAGAAAAGUUCAAUAAUUGGCUUGCCUCGGUACAGAAGGCCCACGGCUUCAAGCAUACAUUCAUCUACCAUCCACACCGAUACUCACAUCUUCGCAAGUUCGACUAUAUACUCCAGGCCGCACCAAAACAACCAUUCCAGGGCACCGAUUUGUAUGCCAACACAGGCCGUUUACGGUUCUUGCACCCCGUAUCUCUGUUAUCGUUUGGCGCCCGGGCGCUACCGUCCGACUUUUCCCUUGAGUCCGCAGACUGCCUGAGCUUAUUCAACGCGUUCGUCUCCGCGGAAGGCGAAGAUGCACCGAACUUGCAGAUUCUUGACCCUCGCAAGUACUUCAGACGAGGUUCGUUACUGAAGCAGAAGGACAUACUGGAAUAUGAGGUUGCGUUGAAGGAGCGGUUGGCGUCGAUGAUCACCGACGUUGAGACUCAAGACAUGGCGUCACCCCUAAGCCAGGUCGUUCGCAAGUUGCAAGACCCGUUACUCUCCGAGCUCUCAGAGGUCGAGCGGAAUGCUACUACAUCUGUGCACGACAUAUUCGACAACUUGUUGUACUUGGUGUGUGAUCUGCACGCCAACGGCGAUUUGCCUGCUCUGCUGUUUAAUUUUGACCGCACGGCUUGCGAGAUUGCUACCAGGCGUCUCCUAGAAGCCCUCGAGAACACUGAGAUACGGUGGCGCCAGUCUAGCCCUGAAUGGAGGCACAAGGUUCAGCAAUGGGAGAAAUGGCAGUCUCAAGCAGCGCUUCGUGAAAAGCAAAAGGACAAAUUGCGGAAGCAGAAGAAGGAUGGAGCCGAGGAACCGCCAGAGAAAUCUGUCGAUCCGUCGUGGGAGGCUACGUUCGACCCAGACGAACCAUCUCCGCAAUUCUCGUUUGUGGGAAAGAAAGCGUCAAAGGCUAUCCUGAAUGAAGCAAUCGAGGACAUCAAGUGGACAUCAACGCCGAAGUGGGCUCUUGAUGCACUGCGUCGUGGCAUUGGUAUUCAUCACGCCGGUAUGAACAAGCAUUACCGGACCGCCGUGGAAAGUCUUUACCGCAUGGGUUACAUUCAAGUCGUCGUUGCUACGGGCACCCUUGCUCUGGGUAUCAACGCACCAACCAAAACGUCGAUAUUUGUCGGAGACUCGCCGUUCCUCACCGCCUUAAUGUAUCGCCAAUGUGCAGGACGAGCCGGUCGCCGUGGUUUUGAUCUCUUGGGCAAGGUUGUCUUUUACGGGCUGCCCAUGGACCGUGUACAGAGAUUAGUCUUAUCGAGGCUACCGUCGAUCGGCGGCAACUUCCCCCUGACGUCUACCAUGGUCCUCCGCCUGUUCAAUCUAUUGCAGGGGUCGAAUUACGCACCAGUCGCAGUCAACGCUAUCAAAAGCCUGCUCGAGCUGCCUCAUGUUAGCUUCGUCUUCGAGGCUGGCAAACAAGAACUUCUUCACCAUGUUCGCUUCAGCAUCGACUACUUGCGCCGGUCUCGUCUUCUCGACGCCGGAGGCAACCCUAUCAACCUUUUCGGACUUUCAGCGCACCUCUACUACACGGAGCCUAGCAACUUCGCCUUGGUGACGCUCAUGCGUCGCGGCGUCGUCCACAAAAUCUGUAAUCAAAAUAGCACGGAGUCCGCGAAGCGCGAUUUUCUCGUCCUUCUUUGUCAUCUGUUUGGUCGUCGCUUCCUUCCCGCCGUCUACGCAUCCGAGCACCAUGCCAAGACCGUGCAUCGGAAGUCAGCUUCUAAAGUUGUCUUGCCGGAGAUCCCCACCAUUGCAAGGCAAAUAUUGUUACAACAUGACGACGAGAUCUUGCGCAUUUUCACCUCCUAUGCCAUUUCCUUCGCCGACCGCCUGCAAAACGCCGUUGACGCCGAUGAAUGUCUGCCGGUCAGCGGUCGGGAAUUGAAGGGGCCCGGCUCGGGGUCGGCCUUCGAAGAUUAUCUCAAUAGGACCUCUAUCAGGGUCAUCGCACGUUCACCAUUCGUCGCCAACUCCGGCCACGGUGACACCUUCCGGACCGUGCCUGAGCUUGCUCAAACAUGCAGGUCAGGCUUGCACCUCAACGAACAUGGCAUACCAUCGAUGCGUCAAUUUGUGGCGGGUCCUCAGGGCAGUGAUACCUUGCCGCUGAAUGCGUAUCUACUGGACUUCUACAUGCACGGACAGCCUGCGACUCUCGUCGCAGCAAACGGUAUCCGCCACGGAGACCUCUGGUACCUUCUUGAAGACUUCACUCUGACGUUGAAAACAAUUCGGUCGACUAUUGAGCAUCUCUUACUUAAGAGUACAAGUGGCGAAUCAUCGGCGGAAGCGGACCUUGACGACGAGAUGAACAUUGGCGGAGUCAAUCUCGCGGAGGCAGAAGAUGACGAAAAUGGCUCAGAUGGCACAACUAUCAAACGGCCUCCUGGUGUUUCAGACCGCGACUGGAGAGUAUUCGAGGUUGCAGAUCUCGUGACCAAGGAGUUCGACGAGAAAUUCAGGGCCAUGUGGGCGUAA